AACAGGCUGCCAACCACUGCCACGUUUUCGGCUAUUGGUAAACAUCAGCUGCUGGCUGGUCUUAGGGGAGGAGGACUCAAUUAGUUCCAGAUGGAGAGCACUUUCCGCCCAUUUAAGACUUUCCAGUUGAUUUAAGACAGCAGGCCGAAAAAAAUGGAAUAAACCACACGAAGAAACAUGUGAAGUUUAUCUUCAUGCGAGAUGUUAUUUGGAGGACCAAGUAAACUUUUUCAGGCCAUGGGAGAUAAAAGACUAAUGACGUGAUAUAUUUGUUCUGUGCUAAGUCAACGUUGGUUUGUAUGACGGACAAAUAUUAAUUUCUUAAUGUCAGCAUGUCGACUGUGACAAGUGCUCAGACACCAGAGGACCCUAAUCCUCCCCCCGUUGAAGAGAAGCCAAAGGGAAAAUCGCUGUUUCAUUUGGGUUCGCUCUUUGCUAACAGGAGUGAAAAAUUUGUAAUUGCCAGGAGCGAUAGCGUGCCAGAGGAGAACGUCCUGAAAAUAACUAUCACGGAGACCACGGUCAUCGAGUCGGACUUGGGCAUCUGGAAUUCUCAUGCUCUCAUCUACCUCACUUUGUGGUUUUUCUUCAGCUUUUGCACUCUUUUUCUUAACAAAUACAUUCUUUCAUUGCUGGAAGGAGAGCCCAGCAUGCUAGGUGCUGUUCAAAUGCUUUCAACCACCUUCAUUGGCUGUAUCAAAAUGUUUGUUCCAUGCUGCUUGUACCAACACAAAACACGCAUCUCUUACCCACCCAAUUUCAUCAUGAUAAUGCUGUUUGUUGGAUUAAUGAGAUUUGCAACAGUUGUCCUGGGUCUCGUCAGCUUGAAAAACGUGGCAGUUUCAUUUGCAGAAACUGUUAAAAGCUCUGCACCUAUUUUUACGGUUAUCAUGUCUCGGAUGAUAUUAGGAGAAUACACUGGAUUGCUGGUUAAUCUCUCUCUCAUUCCUGUCAUGGGUGGGCUGGCUCUAUGCACAGCUACUGAAAUCAGUUUCAACAUUCUAGGUUUCUCGGCAGCUUUAUCCACUAAUAUCAUGGACUGUUUGCAAAAUGUCUUUUCCAAGAAACUACUCAGUGGAGAUAAAUACAGAUUUUCAGCCCCAGAGCUUCAGUUCUACACAAGUGCUGCUGCAGUGGUUAUGCUUAUUCCAGCUUGGAUAUUUUUCAUGGAUGUGCCCGUGAUUGGGAAAAGUGGGAGGAGCUUCAGCUACAACCAAGACAUUGUCAUACUUCUCCUAAUAGAUGGAGUCUUGUUCCACCUACAAAGUGUUACAGCCUAUGCCUUGAUGGGAAAAAUCUCUCCUGUGACUUUCAGUGUUGCUAGUACUGUGAAGCAUGCGCUGUCGAUCUGGCUAAGUAUUAUUGUGUUUGGUAACAAAAUCACAAGCCUCUCGGCCAUUGGGACCGUUCUAGUGAUAAUUGGAGUGCUACUGUAUAACAAGGCAAAGCAGCAUCAGCAAGAGACUAUACAGAGCCUGGCAGCUGCGGCCCCGCAGUCUGCACAAAGUACAGCAGAAGAUACUGAGCCACUCAUUUCCAAGGAUUUGGAGCCAUACGAUUAAUACGGCCAUUUAUUCUUCCCACCUACUGUGACUCAAAGGAGCUCUUCCUGAAAGUGGUUGUUU